AUGUUGCUGAAAUAUACUUCUAUUUUAUUAUUAGGCGUGCUUGUGAGUGUUACCAGCCGAGGUUUAAAACCGAAUAAAUUGGGAAGGCAGUUAUUCCUCAGCAGAAGGGUUGUUACCGAAUCUGGUGAAUUCGAUGGUGGUGUGUUGGUAGACAAAAAUGGGGUUAUAGAAAGCAUUUUAACCCGAGAGUCCGUUGAUGCACUGCUUCUAAGUGGUGAUUCGUCGUUAAAGGUUUUUGAUGGAGGUAGAUUAGCUUUAAUGGCGGGAGCUGUUGAUUCCCAUGUCCACGUCAACGAACCAGGACGUACGUCAUGGGAGGGAUUCGUUACAGCAACACAAGCGGCUGCCGUAGGUGGCUUUACCACAAUUGUCGAUAUGCCAUUGAAUUCGAUUCCGCCCACAACGUCACUCGAAAACUUAAAAGUCAAGGCGAAAGCUGCUAAGGAAGAAGUAUUCGUAGAUGUUGGCUUUUGGGGUGGUGCUAUUCCCGACAAUGAGGCUGAAUACCCACUAAUGAUAAAAGCUGGCGUAGUAGGUUUUAAGGGAUUCCUGGUAGAUAGUGGAGUACCUGAAUUUCCUAACCUCCAGAUCGACGACCUAGACAAAGUAUUCGCCGCGUUCAAUGGAACCAAUACUGUGUUAGCGUUUCAUUCAGAACUAAACGACUCUAAUUAUAGAAAUGAUUGUGAUGGCAGCUCCUUUUGUACGGACCCAUAUCUCUAUGAUACCUAUCUUGCAACACGACCUGCACAAAUGGAGCUCGACGCCUUUUCGUUACUUGCCAACUAUAUAGAAAAAUACGAUGUUCACGUCCACAUAGUUCACGUAUCAGCUGAAGGUGUUGUGCCGAUUCUUGAGAGAGCCAGAGAAAAAAGAAUAUCAGCUGGUAACAAGCGUUGGCGGGGCGGCGUCACAGCAGAAACCUGCCACCAUUAUCUCACCCUUACCGCAGAGCAGAUUGCACCUGGACAUACGGAGUUUAAAUGUUCGCCACCAAUCCGGAAUCAAAGUAAUAAGGACAAACUGUGGCAGUAUAUAAAAGAACAUAGAUUGGACCUGAUCGCAUCUGACCAUUCGCCAUCAGUGCCGGAAUUAAAAGGCGCAGACUUUUUAACUGCUUGGGGUGGUGUGUCAUCAGUACAAUUUGGUGUCUCCCUCUUUUGGACAGAAGCCAAAGCCCGAGGCUAUACACUUAGCACCGUGAGCCGGUUUCUAUCAUCAGGCCCGGCUAUGUUAACAGGUCUGCAAAAUAAGGGCACGCUAAAGCCGGGCUAUGACGCUGACAUGAUAUAUUUCGAUCCAGAAGCUUCUUUUGUCUUGACACCUGACAUAAUUAUGUAUAAAAAUAAGAUUAGCCCCUACAUGUAUAGAGUACUGCAAGGAAAAGUUGUACACACCUUCUUGAGAGGACAGCUGAUAGCUUCUGAAGGUGAAUUGUUUAAUGGACCACAGGGGGAGUUGCUAAUUAACGAAGAACUAUUUUAG